AUGAACAGUAUAUGGGGACUAACAACCCAUCUCAUAAAGUCACUACCCUUCACAGCCCGUGCCUAUCCAAAACUAGUCCGUCAUGGAGCUUCCUUAACUGCACCAAGUUCAAUCACUAAAAUAACAAAAGCACCACCAAUUGCUCAUUCACCAAAUGAAGCAAGAUUAAGAAAAAGAUUACCAUCAAGAACUGGUCUUAUUGCUAUAAAACGUGGUAUGGCUCCAUAUUUUGAUAAGAAAACUGGUGAAAAAUUUGGAGUUACUUUAUUACAAGUUGAAAAUUUAGAAGUCUUGUAUAAUAAGACACCAGAAUUAAAUGGUUAUUAUGCUGUACAAAUUGGAUAUGGUAGUAAAUCUCCAUAUAAGACAUCAAGAGGUUUAUUAGGACAUUUUGCUAAAGCUGGUGUUAAUCCAAAAUCUUUUGUCAAAGAAUUUCAAGUUAAAGAUGAAUCUGGUUUAUUACCAAUUGGUACUGAAUUAAAAGUUAAUCAUUUCCAACCAGGUCAAUUAAUUGAUGUUAAAGGUGUUUCAAAAGGUAAAGGUUUCGCAGGUGUUAUGAAACGUUGGGGUUUCAAAGGUCUAAGAGCUUCACAUGGUACUUCUAUUAUGCAUAGACAUGGUGGUUCUUAUGGUCAAAAUCAAGAUCCUGGUCGUAUUGAUAAAGGUAAAAAAAUGCCUGGUCAUAUGGGUAAUCAAAAUAAUACUAAACAAAAUGUUAAAGUUGUUGAAAUUGAUGAAGAAAAUGGAUUUUUAUUGGUUAAAGGUGGUGUUCCUGGUCCAAAAAAUUCUUUUGUUAGACUUCAAGAUGCUAUAAAACAAAUCAAACAAUAG